AUGGCCCGAAUUUCCAAUAAACGGAUGUGCCAGCCCAAGCAGCCCCCAGACAGCUCUCGCUAUUUAGACUCUUCAUCUUACACCCCACCUGUGCGAAAGGGAAAGAGGAAACAUAUUGAAAUCCGUUCUCUUCAUUCUCAGCGAUCUUCCAGGAAUGGUUGGCCAGUUCGAUUGGGUACAGGAAGCCGGAUCACAUUGCGAUUGACGCAUCGGAGACAUCAACGAUACCAGGGCCGUGGUGAUGCAGAAAGAGAUAGGAGCGCACCUUUGUCUGUCACAGAUCCCAGCGGUGGCGUGGACCAUGAAGAUGAUAUGUUAAGUAAAGGCAAGGAUCGAGAAUACUGGCUUCGACAUCUCCGCCCUCGGUCUUCCCGAGACGUGAAGCCUGCAAAGGCGAAAUCCUGCUAG